UAGCAUUGACCUAUUAUUUUCCCAACUGGCCUGAGAAGUCCAAAGCAGGCAAUUUUGUAUAGAAGAAAAUCCAAAUUCAACGUAAGCAAUCCAAACCAGACGGACCGGCUGGACGGGAUGGAUAGCUCGGUGCCUUCCGGAGCCGAAAGCGGUCUUAUCAAGGAGUACAAGGAGUUUGCCGAAUGCCUGGCCCAACUGGAGCUCAAAACCGAUGAGCUGCUAAUCGAUGCUACAAUGGUGGAUCAGGAGUUGGGGAACUGCCUCAAGUUUCGCGAGGAUCAGCUGCUGAAGUACCUGACGGAGAAGAACAACGACGACGAGCAGAUGCAGAUGCUGCGAGAAAACAUCGAGCUCAAGGCGACCGGCGUCGAGUUUCAACACGGCAUUGAGCUGAUCAUGGAGAAGUACCGGGAGCACAGCGAAGGGGACAUGUUCAUCGAUACCUACCAGCUGAAGGAGCACUACCUGGCCGGUUUGUCGAAGGUGGUCGAAGAGCAGGAUGCUCGCAUCGAGCGAAUGGUGGAUAUGAUGAAGCUGACUGUCGACUUCGAGGACCGGAGCAGUGCCGAGAACCAGCAGAUCAUCUGCCAGCUGACCGGGGAAAAUGAGCAGUUGCGUCGCCAGUUGCAGAUCAGUACCACCGAUGAGCUCUUCCGACAGGGAGCCCUGGGCUCCAGCGAAAGUAGCACCCAGAUCGGACCAAACGAUUCUUUGGAUCCGAAUGCCUCCCGGGAGAAUAGCAUCUACAGCAUAGAUAGCUUCCUUUCCUGCCUUUCGCCGAGCAACGUGGAGGAGGAUUCGGAGUGCUCAUCCAACGAAUCGCUGCUGAGUGAGCUGGAAGUCACUUGCUUUAUUGAGGAGGCUCUAGCCGAGAGGCCCGAGGAGCAGACCUGCAACCUGGAGGACUAAGCACAACACACGUUCCUGCCCCACUGCAACACUGGCUGUUUACGUUGAUUGGAUACUUGGUACUUGCUACUUGGGUUCUGAGCUUCGAAAUAAAUUUUAAUUCGGGCUGGAAAUCAUUCCCCUAAAUCA